CGAUAUGAAAUAAACAGGUUGUAGGCUUGAAGUUUGCAUUUAUAGAUGGUCCAUUAUUGUGAAAAGUCGUUUAAAAAAAAAAGAUCGAAAAAACUUGCACUUGAUUUUCUUUUUUUCCCUUUUUUUUAUUAUUUUGCAGUAAACCUGUUCAAUAACCACCAAAGGUGAAAAGGACUUAGCAAAAUAAAAUAGGCCUACAGAGUUUUUGUUUAUUUUUAAAAAGAAAGAAAGGGCGCCAGAAUUCAAACUGAUUGUUUGAAUCUUGACGAGGCGUCCAAUCAGCGCCUUGCACUUGGCUCCGCUACCAGUGGACGAAGCAACGAACGGUUACGGCAGCAGCACCACAACGUCGAAACUUUCUCUACUCUCAUUUUGGAUUUUGCUCAUUUUCAGCAUCUUACUACGGGGGAUGACCCAAUUUCUUGCGGACCAGAAAGAACCCCUGAAAGCUACAAGUCAGCAGUGGAUCAGUUACAAGCUGAAGGCGUGGCGGAUGUUCAUGGAAUAAAGUUCAGAUAUGGCUGAAUCAGAGAUACAGACGAUAAGUAGUGCAAUUGCUGCCGUGCUUCCAGACCUUCCUCAAGCAGUUCUUAGUUCAGUGGAAGAUACAUUGAAGGGAUUUGGUGCUGAGACCAUAGAUGAUCUGCAGUACAUUACAGAAGGAGACUUGCUGCCAGUGUUGAAGCCAGUCCAAGCCAGAAGACUUGUUGCUGCUUGGGCCCAGAACAACUCAAGCACUACAACUGCAGCAUUUUCCUCUCCACUGUCCGUCUGUUCCUCUCCACCUUCAGUCUCUCCCUCACCAUCCUCCUCCUCAAUCACCUCAUCCCCCUCAGGUAACUGUUCCACUUUUGUGGCAAACUGGGUAGAGACAUUCCAGAUACCAUGGCAGAAGCUCCCUGAAGAGUUAGUGCAGAGUUUAGAAAGGAAGGUGAGACCUAGUCCGCGGCUGCGGCGAGAGAUGGUAAGGAUAGUGGUUUCUGAGAUCAUGAAGAUGUGUAAUAAUCCAACCAAACACAACACUACAGAGAUAGGCAAAAGAAUGGUGGCCAAGUAUCCAGAAGCCCUCCAAGAUGUCAUAGAGGGUGAUGUCAUUGGACCUGGAUAUCAUUCACUGGUAAAGCAACUCCAAGCACGAGUUGAAAAUGUGAAACGACCCAACACACCAAAAAUAAGAAAACGCAAGGUUGCACCAGAUGAGUCUGAUACUGAAGAAAUUCCAGCUGAACAAAAAGCCAGAGUUCAAGACACAUAUGGCUGUAUAAACUGGGAGCCGAAAUAUUUGCCACUCUCUGAGACUAUGGAGAGUCAGCAAGAAAAAAAAACCAAGAUGAAGGAGAUGUUUGAAGAGAUGGACUUCAAUGCAGACAAUGUGAAAAAGUUAAUACAGUCCACCUAUUACACACAGCGUAAAGACAUCAACAAGGGGACAAGCAUUCAGAAACUCAGCCAAGAGUGGCCCUUUUUGUUCAAGGAAGCUGGUAUGGUAGCACACUUCCAAGAACUUACUGGUCUGAGUCUAAUGGAUACUUUCCUUGGCAAUGUGGAGAAAAAAGGAAGACGCCUCUUAAACUUCUUCAAGAAUGUUGAUGCACAAAAACGCAAACAAGUCCUGGAUGCUCUUCUCAAGUUUCAGACUGAGCUAGGCCAUUUGGAUGGUUGCUCACAAGACCUUGUAAAGAUGGUACUUCUUUUACUGGCUCACUUUGGUGAGAAGGAGGAGAACCUGCUCCAAUACGUUGAGGAGACAUGCCUGGCCCAAGAGGUUCAGAUAGAGAAGUUGCCAGCAACACCCUGCAUAAUUGUGUGUGGGUCCUGUUGCUUUUCUGCUGACACAUUCAUGUUGAGCAUUGACCAAAAGGUUGUCAACGACCACAUCACUUCCUUCACCUCUGCCGUUUGCCUGCUGUUUGGGAGUUUCUAUUGCUUCAACAUACACUACCCAGUGGAACUACGAUCAACACUAGAGUUUCUCCAAAGGUGUUUCUUCUCAAUAAAUCCUGAGAGAGGCACCAAGGUCGAGUGGAAUAAAAAAAAGAAAGUACUCUCAGUCAAUCCUAGAGUCCUCACUCUGAUUGCAGACCUCGCAGACCAUGAGUGGAGAUAGACACACACACCCUAUUAACCCUUUAGGGACAAGUGGUUAAGGUAUGAG